AUGGGUGUUAAAGUUUUAGGUUUAGUUACACUAUUAGUAAUUAGUGUAAUUGGACAGGAUUCUAUUGUGAAUGAAGAUAGCACUCUUCUAAGUGAGAAUCCUCCAGUAGUGGUACCUAGCACUGACGUUAAUCCAGUUCAAGAUGAGUUGCUGGAAGAUGUGGAAGCAGCGCCAAUCGAAAUUUUAAAUACUACAGACCAAUUGCAAAUAAGAAGUGGGAAUUAUCAGCUAGCUGGUGAUGGAGCAGUUGAAGGCGACACAAUAGCAGUAAAUUUAGCAUCGGAUACUGCACCACAAAGUGAAAAUCAAAUGCUUUUUCCACCGGAUACUACACAAGUAACGAAUAAUGAGUAUGAUCACAUUGAUGGCCGCGUUUUGCCUUCCACAACCUACCAGAAUAAUGGCCAGCCGUACGUCAUCACUACACAACGGUUGGCACAGAUUCGAGGGAAUUUCAUGUACUGGUUCUACGAUAUGGGUGGUAACGAAAACCAUGGGGAUUACCAGAGAGAUAUACACACCAGCACACCACAAAUUCACAAGAACUUCAAUUUCCAGCUACCGUUCUUUGGAUUUAGGUUCAAUUAUACUCGGCUCUCUAUGAAUGGCUACAUAUACUUCAGCGACCCUCCAGACCACUAUACGUACCCUUUGUCCUUUCCGGUGAGGGACUGGCCAGACGUCAACGAUCCUUCGUUUAUCGGUAUCUUCUUCAGCAAGUGCCGAAUCGGCAGUAUGCGGCCUGAGGACCCCGAUCAGAGGAGACCUGGAGUGUACUUUAGAAUGGACAGAGAUCUACCGACGCGUACAGAUCAACUCGGAGUGGAGAUGCGAGAGCGUGUAAUGUGGGACAUUCGCACGGGUGUUAUUGGUUCAAAUACUUUCCUCCCAAAACACGCCGUCACUAUCACUUGGAAGAACAUGUCCUUCGCUGGUGGUAUCGACAACUCACUGUUUAUGACGAACACUUUCCAAAUGGUGCUAGCGACUGAUGAAGUUUUCACAUAUGCGAUAUUCAACUAUCUGGAGAUCAACUGGAGUUCUCACACUGAGGCCGGUGGUGAUACCACGACUGGUGAAGGUGGUGUACCUGCUUAUAUCGGUUUUAAUGCCGGUAACGGAACUCGAAGCUACGAAUACAAACCUUACUCUCAGGCCUCAGUACUCAGGGACUUGACAGGGAGAGGAUGGGCUAAUGGUUUUCCUGGACGACACAUAUUUAGAAUAGACGAGAAUAUACUUUUAGGAACAUGUAAUAAGGAUAUAGAUGCUGCCCAUCUUCCCCUCGUCUUUGCUCCAGAGAGUGGUAAUAUGUUAGGAGGUACAAUCGUCAAUAUCACUGGUCCUUGCUUUAACCCUGAUGACAGAAUCACCUGUCGAUUCGAUACCGAGGCUGUCAUUGGUGCAGUUGUUGAUAUCAACAGGGCCAUCUGUGUGGCACCCAGGUUCUAUCACAACGGAUACGCUAGGUUCGAAAUCGCUAUAAAUAACGAGCCUUUUAAGUGGAAGGGGCGGUUCUUUGUUGAAACUCCCGCUACGGCUGCCGAAAAAAUCUUCUUCACUGGUGAUGCAGUUCAUGAACGCUAUCCUCAAGAAAUACGUAUUACCUGGGAUCGUUUCAAUCUGACAACAAACCUGAACGUCCAACUUCAGAUCAGUUUGUGGGGAUACAAAGAAGUCACUAUUAGACCUCAAUUUGAGUACAUAGACAUGAUUGAGACCGGUGUUGCCAACACUGGCGAAUAUGUGAUCAACCCUCAAAACUUUAGGAACAGAGAUAACUUCAUGCAUAACGAUAUGCAAUUUGGUUUUCUACAGAUUAAUCUUACUACACCUGAUAUAUUUAAAGGCGUUGCGGUUUCCCCGAUCUUGUUCAGUCGCCCUAUUCCUCUGGGCUGGUAUUUUGCACCUCAAUGGGAAAGACUCCACGGUACACGUUGGCCAAACGCUAUGUGCAAUAAUUGGCUGCGAACAGAUCGUUUCUUAAGAAAUUUUGCUGCCCAAGUUUGGGUCUGCCCUUGCACUUUAGAGCAUGCUCUGUUAGAUAAAGGACGAUUCAUGCCUGACGUGAACUGUGAUAGAGAUACCAAUCCCACGUGUAGAUAUCACUGGGGAGGUAUUCAUUGCGUCAAGAGCGCCACACCCAGUCUUGAAGGUUCUGGUCAACAGUGCUGCUAUGACAAAAACGGUUUCCUCAUGUUGUCCUACGACCAGAUGUGGGGCUCUCGACCAUCGAGGUCUCAUGACUUUGGAUUCACACCUUACAACGAAGCCAACAAAGUACCUUCACUAUCACAUUGGUUCCAUGAUAUGAUUCCCUUCUACCAGUGCUGCAAAUGGCAGGAAGAACAAGCUGUGGGAUGUGAAACUUUCAGGUUUGAACGCCGACCAUCUCAAGAUUGUGUUGCCUAUCAGCCUCCUGGAGUAGCUGGUAUUUUCGGUGACCCGCACAUUAUCACAUUUGACGAUCUUCAAUAUACCUUCAACGGAAGAGGUGAAUUUGUGCUAGUUCGAACAGACCAUCCACAGUUAAGAUUAGAUGUGCAAGGUCGGUUUGAGCAGGUACCCAGAAAUAUUCACGGGAAGGUAAACGCUACCCAUUUGACUUCCAUCGUUGCUGCUUCAAACAACUCCGUGCCGAUUGAGGUACGUCUCCGCCCAAUGCAUGCGCAGUGGAGAUACAGGCUUGACGUAUUCGCUGACAAUAGGAGGAUCUAUUUCGAUAAACCUGCUCUUAGGGUACAAUACUUCCCAGGUGUGACUGUAUACCAGCCUUUGUACAUUCUGAACCAGUCGGAAAUAGUGAUAAUGUUCCCCUCUGGAGCUGGAGUGGAGGUUAUCGAGAACAGAGGCUUUAUGACAGCUAGAGUUUAUCUACCUUGGACCUACAUGAAUCAAACUCGCGGUCUAUUCGGCAAUUGGUCUUUGGACAUUAAUGACGACUUCACAAGACCUGAUGGAACCAGAGUGCCCAUUAAUUUGAACAACUUUCAGUCAGCACAUCGAGACUUUGCACAAUUUUGGCAAUUGACUGACCGAGACCAAGAAAAUAUAGGUGUGGCAAUGUUCUUCAGAGAAUACGGGCGAACAGCAUCCUUCUUCAACGACAAUACUUUUGUACCGAACUUUAUUCGAGAGCCGGCGGACUUUCUACCAGCAAAUAGAUCGGAGGACGUUCGGCGAGCUAAUGAACUAUGUCAGGACUCGUAUCAAUGUCGAUAUGAUUACGGCAUGACAUUAAAUCGAGAUAUGGCCGAGUUUACUAAGAAUUAUUUGUCGUCUAUUACGAACAUAAAACAAACGACUGCUCGCAGGGUGAUCAGCUGCGGUAUAUUAGAAACUCCUCGCUUCGGUAGAAAGAGUAAUUUCUUCUUCACGCCUGGAACAAGAGUUAAUUUCGAGUGUAACCAAGACUUCAUUCUCAUUGGUGACAACCGGCGUACAUGCGAGCUGAAUGGAAGGUGGAACCUUCCGGAUUAUGGAUACACUGAGUGCCUACGUCAACAAGAGUUCUCGCAACGUGCUCUAUUCCUGACUGGAGGAGUCAUAGUGGCGGUUAUUCUACCAUUAGGCCUCUUAAUCUGUUUACUCUGGUUCUGGUGCUGGUACAAACCACGAUCCGAGGGCAAAGAAGCCUUCCGUUUUGAAGAUAUACCGCGCUCAAAAUCAGCAUCUCGACUUAAUCUUAGGUCAGCUUCAAUGGGAAAUCUCACGGAUACCAUGAAAUCGUCCACGUUACCUAGCAACAAAGAGAAAAUACCUCAAACUCCUACAGAAGAGACUCCAAUGACAGCGCCCGUCGGCAUUGCUAGGUCAGCUCCUCCUAUUCCACAAGAUGACGUAGGAGAUAGUUCUGGUAUAGGGUAUCCAGGUUCUAGCAAAAGCGAUAAAUCAGAUAACUCAAACCCCAAAAAGCGAAGAAAUUAUGAUAAAACUUAUAGAACAAAUGAACCUUUGCCGAACGCUCCUCAGGUGGAUUUCCCCGAGAAACCUUGGGACUUGUCCGAAGAAGACUUGCUUUCAAUAACAUCUCCUUCCGACACAGAAUCAAACAAAGAUUCUACCCUAACUCGUCCCGCCAAAGACAUUGAAUACGUUAGCAAACCACGCCAGUUAGGCCGUAGGGCUCUUCCUAGUGAUUCCGGCUAUUCUGCAAAGGAUUCGGACGAUCCUUAUUCACCAAGAUAUGACGGUCAAUAUAGCCCCAUUCCAUCUCCAACUUAUUCAGAAAUUUAUUCACCACCGUUAAGUCCCAUUUCUGACAAUAGUCCUAGGAAUACGUACAACAAUCCUGGACUACCAGAACCUCCAAAGAGCGCUCCUUCAGAUUCUGUAAAGACAUUCACUAUGCCGGCAGAAAAGGGUAAGCAGGAAUACUCCGCUCGUACUUUGGGAGCAACAUGGGGCAUCAUCAGUGCAAUCAUGGUGCCCAUCGUGAUUGUAUUCAUCUGCAUCGGAUGGAGGAUACUGAAAAGGAGAAAAGACGAUGAGAAAGAGGAGAAUGACUUUAUGGCAAUCAGACCGUUGGACGCAGAUGAAUCGGUGAAAAUCAACUCAGAUGACGACAGCAUACCUUAUAAGAAAGACGUCACAGAAGACAGCCCUGAGCCCACAGAGCCUGUCAAACUAUCUGACAAUAUUGAGACUCGAACUGACGACGGCGAGGUACCUCAACAGUUCGUACCAUACGGACAGCCCUACGACCCGAGGCAGGCCAGGCAGUACGACGGAGAAACAGAAAUUAACUAA